GGCUACCGGUGGCCAUCCUUCCCGGCGCAUGACUUCCGCCAACGGAAAAGUUGGUUAUGUUUCCUUUCAAUCAUGUAAUCUACCUCGCUAGGGAGUUUCUCAAGUCAAAUUAAUCCUUACAUCUGUGACAAUCUUACCCUUCAAAACAUGCUCGUUGUGCAAACACUACCACCACCCACGUCAAAUACUUGGUACUUGGCAUAUGGGUCGAAUCUCAGCGCGGCUAAGUUCAUUCACGACCGUGGAAUAGUACCACUUGACACUGCCACGGUCACAGUCCCAGGAUGGAUACUUACAUUGGAUAGCGCUGGUUUUCCUUAUUCUGAGCCGGCUUUUGGAAGCAUAACGCCUAUCCAGGAGACAAGGAAGGAGAAGGCUGUGCAAUUGAUAGGUACCGCAUACCAACUCACACCUGAAAUGUACGCAAAGGUCCUCGCAUCGGAAGGAGGCGGUAUCGCCUACGCUGAGGUUGAAGUAAGGGCUGAGCUGGUAACACAAGACGCGGCGGAGUAUGCUCAGGGCGAGGCCACUACUUUCCCAACGAGAUCUCUAGUCACGCUCUUACGUAAUGAAGCGAGACCAAGUUCCCGAUACAUGGGCAUACUCCGGACAGGAGCCAGCGAGUCUGAUAUGCCUAUCGCAUACCAGAAAUUUCUGGCUGAAAUACCGGUAUAUCAUCCGCCUACCAGGCUUCGGCAAUCCAUAGGUGCUGCCAUCUUUCUAAGCUUUUGGCGGCCAGUUAUGUCAACGAUGGAGAAAAUCACCAAGGCAAGUGUCAAAGGGAGUAAGACGGGAGAUGCGCCUAGGUGGGUUGUGAUUAUCGUGCGAGCCGCUGUAGUUAUCAUGUGGUUGCACCAUGAUUUAAUACAUGCGCCAAUUUGGGGAAGAGGCGAUGGGCUCGAAAAUUAGUUACUAUGUUGAUUUUGUUCUUAAUGCAUCAAAAUACCAAAUAACUAUACCUCUGUUUGGCAGACAAUUGCCUCCUGAACUUGAUAUGUCCACAAGUUAUACUAAUAUGACCACUCAAACUAGAUCGCUAUUGUUCUGAUAGAAAACUAAGCAACGAACCUCAACACUUUCCCGUGGUUGGGCUCCAGGUACUGCGUCCGGAUGUGGGAAAGCGCAAUGAGCGCACA